UGUGCAGUCCUACUCAUCAAAAGCAUCAGAACUAGAGAAGAUGGUGAAGAGGAUGAUCCUGGAGGGCUUGCAAUUGCCAGUAGAAAAAUACCGCGACGGCAUCAUUGACAAGACGAGCUAUUUCCUCCGGAUAAUGAAGUACGAUGCGCUCAAGGAAGGAGGGACCGAAGAAGUCGGCGGGAUCAAUCACCGCGACUCGAACUUCAUGACCAUUCUUCGUCAGGAGGGAGCGGUGAACGGUCUGGAGGUCAAGGCCAAGGAUGGCCAGUGGAUUAGGGCAACUCCUUCAGCUUCCUCCUUCAUAGUCAUAUUGGGAGAUGCAAUCCAUGGAUGGUCCAACGGGAGAUUGUACAGUCCGGUGCACCGGGUGGUGAUGAGAGAGACUCGUGCGCGGCACUCCAUCGGCCUUUCUCGACGAUGAAAGGCGUGAUCCGGUGCCCUGAGGAGCUGGUCAACGAGCAGCACCCUUUGCUUUUCAAGCCCUUUGAAGAAAUCGAUCUCGUGCGGUAUCAUCGCAUACUCGAGACCGAAGAAGGCUGGGAACUUGA